AUGGCCCGCGAGGAGAGCACUUUUGAGGAGAACAAGGCCGGCAUCUCGUCCAUGCUCUUCUACCACGCUUCCAUUAUUAUAUACGAUAUCUUCCGCACUAACCGCGAAAAUAUGAACAAGUCCGACACGUUAUCGUAUCUUGACUUGGCCCCGCUGUACGGCUCGUCUCUCCGCGAUUAG